UUCCCCUUUCUUUUCAGUUUAAUGCAUUACUCACCCUUAUUAAAAAAAAAAAAAAACAAGUGAAGCAAGACUAAACAAACAUUUGAAACAAUAUUGUCAUUGAUAUUCAGAUUGUUGAACAUGUGUGUCAACGAUAAACCAUAAAAUAUUAGAUUAGUAUGAAAAUUUAAUUUAUAAAAUUUGAAAGUGAUAUAGAAUUUAUAAUUUCACUUUUUUUUAUAGUGAAUCAAGAUGACUUUUCAUAUGUAUUCUCUCUUAUGUAAUGAAUCAAACCUUAUUUAUAAAUGCAACUAAACAAUUAUUCAUAUAUUGGUUACUCAUCGAUUUCAAUAACCAUUGAAUACGUUUCUUCGGCUUGAGUUGGGUUAAAAGUGAAGUUUAACGCCUCCUUCGGUCUAUGCUCUACUUAUGUCUUUCAGCCCAGCAAAAGGAUUGAUCUUAUCAGCAACUGUGUCUCGACCGGGUGCAAUGGGUUUUGGUAUCACCUAUGGAAAGCUCAUAGGAUACUUACUUGGUGACUCAGCGUGGAAUAGAGAUGGAUCCCUUAAAAGAUGGACGAGAUAUCAUUUUUUUGUCGAAAAACAAAGAGGACACUCUUGAUUAACUUCGUAGCUCAAAAGGAUCUUUCGCAACUCUUCCGUCCGAUCAAGAAGCUCUGCAAGGUCCAAAAAUCCCAGUCAAUACCAACCUCAACGACAGAGAAGGCGUUGAAGCUGCUCGAGUCGGUUUCAUUGUGCCUUGAAGGGAUUACAGACAUGUUCAAAGACUCCACAUACAUGGAGGCGGUGGUGAGGAAGGCGAUGGUGGUGAGGAAUGGAUGGCAGACAUGUUCAUACUUCUUCCGGUCUCAUAUUCUUUAUUUUAUUCCUCUUCUUCCACCAAAUCCUUUUUUUGCUGAAAUUUGGUGAAUUCAUUUUAUCCUAACAACGAGUUGAUUAGAGAUUGUCUCAAAUUAAAUAAAACUCAUUAACUUUUUAGAACCAUGGUCAUUGAAAGAAGUAACUUAACAUUAUUGCUACGUACCUAAGCCUUCACUCCAAGUAUUGAAAAUACAUUAGCAAUGAGUAACGUUAAAACUACUAGCUAGUUAGCAUAAAUUAAAUGAAUGACAAAAUCAUGAAUGAUUAUUUUAUUUGAUAAAAUAUAUUGAGAUUAUUAUUACAUGUUUACAUCUUACAAGUUUUACGAAAUUCGAGAACCUGUUUUAAACACGAUAAAUAUAUUGUUUAAAAUCCAACCUACUUAUUAUAAAAUUCUAGAUAAACCACUACCCCUGCAGAUCAUAGCACAUCAUCUUGUUGGGAGAGCAAUUCAACCAUUCGCUAAUCAAUGUUGGGACAUAACUUUGCUUGGUGCUAUUAAUAGGGCAACCAUCCUUCAAUCUCGUCCAAACCUCCUUAAUAUAAACUAGCUUUGUACCCGAUCUGUUGGCCGAGAACUAUUUUAGAUUUUUUAAUUCGUAGUUUGAAUGUUAUUUCUUAACCAAAAUCGUAAUCCCCCAUUCAAUAAUUUCAUAUCUUUAAUAUAAACAACAUAUAUUUCUUAGAUAGAAGUGUCUAACAUGAAUAGAGGAAUAAUGAUUAUUGGCUCAAUUUGAAUUCGAAUAGGGAUUUGCUUAAUAUGAAAAUUUCUAAUGUUUAUCACACUCACUUAAGAUGUCAUAAUUCUAAAAUGGUAACUCAUGUUGUGGAAGGUUAUGAUUUCCUACAUGUAUUUUAUGUUAACAUUUUCAAAAUAAGACAUCCAAAUUUAUUAUCUCUAUCUAUGAAUCUAAGAUUCUCUGAGUUUGAACAAACUCUCAGUUACUAAUUGUUUUUCGAAUUCCCACAUCCUAUAAAUUCUUAGUGAAAAUGCUUGAUACUUGGAGAAAUGUUGCUCAUUCUAGUUGAAACUUUACACACAUCAUACUCACUUGUGAUAACUCAAUUCUCUAAUUUCAAGCUCAUUCCAUUAUGGAUGUUCACGUAGUCUUGAUGCAUGAACUUUGUACCGCCUUCAUUUUAAACCCAAAUUAUGAUUUUUUGAAACAGUGGAUGUAAUUUUGAGGAGUACGAUUAAUUUAUUUUUUGUGUAAAAAAAAAAUUAAAUUCAAACGAAAAAUAUAUAUUUUGCGAAAUUAAAUUGAAAAAGAAAACAAAACUUAAAAGAAAUGAAUCUCGUUCCCCAAAUAGAACAGUUUAAAACAAAAAGGUUAGAAGCCAUUCUCGGUUUGUAAAAAAGAUAUGUAUGUAAAUUUUAAAAUGAAUGAAACGGUUGAAAAUAAAGUUUAAUGAAAAAGUUAAAUAAAGGCUAAAAACAUAGAUAGCGGUUAGAAGUCGGGACUCGGGAGAAAAGGAAGAAAAAAAAAUUAAAAGAGAGCAAUUAGCGAAACUUGGAGAUGCAGAGAGCCUAUGAAGGCUUACGUGUCAAUGGGCUUAUUUAGAAAGUGCUUUAAGUAUCUUAUAGAUAGAUAGAUAGAUAGAUAGAUAGAUAGAUAAAUGCAAUGAAUGAAUAGAUGAUUAUCAUCAUCUUCCUCCUGCAAACAUUAGACCACCCACAAUGAUGGAAGGGAAAAAAGAGUGAAAAGGGUGGGGAAACAGGGAAAAAAAGGUGGAGGAGAGGAAUUUGUCACAAUGGGUGGGAGGGAAAAAAAAGUAACGGGGAGGGGAUCUUUUCUUCAAAAGGGUGGGGAAAAAAAAGAAAAAGAGGGCACCAGCCGCGUGGCCCAAUCAUCUUCUUCCACCAGCAACCCACUUUUUCCUCCUUCUUUUGUCUUUUUCAGAAGGGUAAACCCUCGCUCAAUAGCCUUCUUUUCCUUUUUAGCCUUUUUAUCCUCCCCUAUUGUAGGCUUUCCCCUCCUUUUUUUCCUUUUUUCCCUUUUUUCAAUGUUUGCUGUGGGUGGUCAGUAGCAACAGCUCGGAAAUGUCUAGCUCUUUUUUCUUAAAUUAUCAUGAACCAGCGUGGGCCCCGGCCAUUUGGCCGGAGGAAGGUGAGAUAUGAAAUUUGAUAAUAUAAUGGAGUGUAUAGCUUCUUGUUGUAUAGUUUUUUUUUUGGGAAACACGUGAUAAAAAUAGUGAAUUUUAGUAGGAAAGAGACAUGAAUGAUGCAACGAAUCAAAAAUCAGCCUUAUGAACCAAAAUCAAGUACCUGUUACCUUGUGAAACAAUAUUGUUUCUGGUAAUAUGAUGAGGUGGAGUAAGUUUUAUAGAAACCGAAUUCCAGAAAAUCGAAUAAAAAAUCGCCUAUCCCACUGGUUCUCGGGAAAUGAGCAUUUCACAAUCGUUGCUAACUUUCACUCAGCCUGUUGGCCGAUUAAUUUGCUUUAUAAAACUUUCAUCUUGUCAUCAUUGUGCUUUCUGGUUUUUUGCCAAGCCAUGAUCAAAUCUAAAGAAAUCAAGAAUGAACAACACGAUUUGGGAUAGGAACCACCGUUCCUGUAUCCCUAGAAAAUGGUGGUAAUCACGGACUCACCUGCCAAACUGGUUUGGAUUGAGAUUUUUAUCGGGUAUCAGGAACCAUGUGAUUAUAAAUUAGACUUAAUCAAAACGGGCCAAAACUUGAAAUUCGGCCUGUUUGACCGACCCAUGCCAAACUCUAAUUAUUCUUUACUUUUAAACUUUCUAUUUGAAAAUAAAAAAUAAUGAAAGAAAAGAGAUGACUGCAAUUCGCCAUUUGCACAUCACUGAUUCGGGAAUAAAACUAUAGAAUUUCAAAAGGAAACUGAAAAUGUUUAGGAUCGUUUUAAUGUUAAAAAUAACCAAAUAGAUCUUUAUGUUUAGUUUUUUACUAACAAAUACCAAACGAUUUCCUAUAAUAUACACUAUCAUUUAAUCAUUACGAUAUCAAAUAAUUACAUAAUAUAUAUUUGAAAUGAUAAAAAUUGGACUAAUUGGGUUGGUCGAGGUUGAACCAUUGAAUAACUUUAAAAUAUAUUAUUUUUAGCCACUAAGAUAUAAAAUAAUAGCAUAAUAUAUAUUAUGCUAGAGAAAAUAGCUUGUUUUAGAAUGACAAACCCAUGAUGUUCAUUUUUUUUACUUGAUGGGCAAAUCCCGUGUAGGUCAGGCCAUUCAACUCUUUUAUUUUAUGAUUAGCGGUUAGUCCAUUAGAAUCCAUGCAUUAGUUUAUUGUUAAUUUCUUUUCUUUUUAGCAAUAAAAAGGAGUAUUGUUUUUGCCUUUUCAUAUAUAUGUUACCACCAUGGAGAAACAAAAGGACUUAAAGAAAAAAAUUGACACUCCUGAACCCGUUUAAAUCCGCAUAUGUACGGUAAGUUGGCCCGUUCCACAGAGGAAAAAGAGAAAAAUUGACAAUCCCUAUUCUACCAUUCCUACCAAGGCUCCUGGAGCAUGGAAUUCGAAAUGGGGGAAGGAUUUUUUCCUCUCUGCGAUUAUAUGUUUUUAAUUUAAAAAGAUACAACAAAUGUACUUAGUGUGAUUGGUUAUGAUCUUUGCUUUUCUUUAAAGUGGUCAUGGUUCGAAUCCUAGUAAGUGUCUUUUUAAUGAAUACAAAAAAGUAAUUGUGAAGACCAAAAUGUCCUUCCUACUUUCACUCUGGAUGCAGGAAAUUUGAAAUAAGGCUUCAAGUUUUCUCAUUUGACUUUUAUUUACUGUAUAGAUUAACAACUUCCGCUGAAAUAAAACCAUACACACAUGGAUAAGGAUUUGAUCUAGUGGUAAUACCACUAAUAUUGAACUUGGAGGUCUCAGGUUCAAAUCUCUUUAAUAGUACCUAAUUGCAAAACUAAACCUAUAUCACCCGUAUCUAAAAAAAAAGAAAUAAACCAUACACACAUAAUCUUAGGUGUCGUUUGGCAGUUGUGUUUAUUGAAUACAUGUAUUGUGCACAAUACAAUGUUUUAGGUAGGUCUCACCAACAAUCACAAGAAAUGAUACAUUAUACAAUCUGAACUUUUAGAUUUGUGUCCACUUUUUCUUUCCAUUUAUAUCCCUAAUAGUUUUUGUCUCAUACUAAAAGCUGACGUUAAAUGUGGGAUUUUACCAUAAAGUAACUCUAUGCAAAUCAAUACAUAAAAUACUUCAUAAUUUUUUUAUACAUAAAGUAUAAUCUCAACAACCAAACAGUGUAUUAUUAAAAUGCAUCCAUUGUAUCAAUACAUUACGGGUCGUUUGGAAGUUGCGAAUGUUAAAUCGUUGAAUUGUAAUGAAUCACCAUAAUAUAAAUGCAUGUAUUGAUACAAUGGAUGCAUUUUACCGAUACAUUGUUUGGUUGUCGAAAUUCUACUUUAUACAUUGAUUUACAUAAAGUUAUUUUUAUGGAAAAAUGACACAUUUACCCUCAACUUUUAGACUAAGACAAAAACUAUUAACCAUAUAAAUGGAAAGAAAAAUGUGACACAAAUCUAAACCAACAAUCACAACAACGAUGAUAUUCGAUCAACUUAUUGAAAUGCAUAUAAGUUUCCACAAUGGCAGGCACGCAAGGGUGAUUUGCCGACCGAUCAAACCAGGUCUAACCGGUACCGGCACCUAGGGUGCAAAUGAGCCAAGCCGCUCGCGAGCAACUCGGCGUUCGAAUCAAAAAAUACUCGUUCGACACUCGACUCGUUGUUUAACAAGUCGGUUCGCGAGCCGACUCGUUAGUAAACGAGCCAAGCUUGAGCUAGACCAUGCUCAGUUUGAUAAGCUCGUGAGCUAGCUUGACUCGGUGGCUUGUUGAGCUAAGAUCGCGAGCUGGCUUGUUUAGAGCUCGUCGAAGGAUUAAUUACUCUUUUGAACAUGAAAAUUAUCAUGUUAAUAAGGAUGUGUAUGAAAGUUAGAUGUUAUUUUUAGUUUCUAGUAUUCUUUUAAUCAUUUUUAGUUUCUAAUAUUCUUAUUUGUACACAUUUUUCCAGCAAAGAAUGGUUUCAAAUCGAGCUCAUCUUGAGCCGAGCUUGUACCCAGCUUGACAAGCUGUGUUAAUGAGCAUUUAUCGAGCUCUAUCGAGCCGAGCUCGAGCUGGAUUAUUUUUAAUCGAGUCGAGCUCAAACUCGAGCUGGAUGAUCAAAAUUCGAGUUCGAGCCAAGCUCGAGCUGAAAAACUUAUAAAUGAGCCGAGCUCAAGCUGAGCAAAAACUCGACUCGACUCGACUCGUUUGCAGCCCUACCGGCACCAAUAUGAUACAACUGGCAUGCAGUAUCGGUCAAAACAAAAAAUUUCGGUUGGUUCAACCGGCAUUUAGCAUUCCGAUCUUUUAAUUCGCUCGCUCGGCUCGUUCAUUCAGCAUCACGAGGGAACCCGGUCCACCCGAUUUCUCUCUGCCUUUUCUUAUUCCUCGGAACAACCCUAGGUCAGCAGACAAAACCUUGGCGGCGGCUUGAGUUCAAGUCCUUAAGUCUCAUUUUUUAAGGAGAAUCUUAAAGCCUUCCUAUUGGUUGAUAGUGGAUUAGGUAGUUAAUGGGGGUUAGUAGUUAAUAGGUAGUUAAGGAUAAAUGAGGUUAUGCAAAUAUAAUUAUUAUAAUUAAUUAAUGAUUCUCUUUCUCUCUCCUCCCAUGAUUUUCUCCACAACCCUCUCUCUACAUUAUAAUUAAAAAGAAAUAUGAAAUUAAUUUAUUUAAUAUUUGAUAAAAUUCGAAUUUAAUAAUUUUCUUUUUCUAAAAUGGAAAUUUGAAAUUUAAAAUAUAUGCCUCUCUCUCAUCUUGGCAACUUCCGAUUAGUAUUAAGUAUUAACAUUUUGUAAUGACACUAUCAAUAUUUAUAAAUUGUAUCAUCAUUAGUGUUUUUCAUUGCAUGGGUUUGGGAAUUUUUGUUGUUAGGUAUUCGUUUGUGUUAUUAUUAAUGUUGUUCGACAUGUUUUUUAAUAAUUUUAUAUGACAUUAUUAACUUUUUAUGUUAUGUUUUGUUUGUAAAAUUAGCAAAAGUGAAAUUGUGUUUUCAAUUUGUUGAUACUUGAAGUUUAUUUACUAUUACAUCGUAUUAUCAAUUUGGUUCACAAUGAUUUAUAAUCAUUUGAAGUGCUAUUAUCAAUAUUUUUUUUCAAGCACAAUACAACCAUUAGCAAAAAUUUAUUUCAUAUGUAAGAUUGCUUAUGUUUAGUGAUUUGAAUUAUUAAUAUUUUUUCGUUUAUGUUUGUAACUUUGUCAAAUGUCAUUAUCAAGAAGCAUACUUGUUAGGUAUUCGUUUGUUUAUGACAUUAGCAAAAGUGAAUUUAAGUUUAAUGAUAUAACUAUGGUUAUUAAUCUUUCAAUCUAAGUUAGUAACGUAGUUGGUGUCAUUAUUAAUAGGUGUGUAUAAGCAUUAUCAAUGUUUGAAAAAUAAGAUAUUAAUAAUAUCUAAUAAGGUACUUAACAAUCAUUAGUUUAUAGCAUUAUCAAAGUUUUUGAAUGCAUUAUCUAUUAAACACAUGUUACUUAUUAAUGCAUUUUUAGUGCUAUUUGACAUUAAACAUUGCAUCUGAAUAUUAUUAAUAUUUUUUAUUACAAAAAUCUAUUUCCUUAUCAGUGACUUGAUCAUUCGAUAUUAAUGGUUUUUAAUAUCUUUAUUCAGAUUCGUCCCAUGAUAUUUGGAGGCCCUGCUCGAAAAUUUAACAUGUGACCCCUAAUUUUUUCUCAAUAAAUUUAUUAAAAAUAAAAUUUAUUAAAUAAUUAUAAAGUACAUAAGUUCAGAAAAUGAUUUCAAAAUGAAUAAACAAUCUCACUUCCUGUUUGACCAAGAAACCAAGACCAAAUUCUCACUCCUAGCAGGGAGGGAGAAAAGUAAAUCUGGAGGGAACAGAAAAUGGAUAUAUAGCAAAAAUUGAAUGAGGAAAUGAAAAUAAUAUAAAUUGAUCGAGAGGUGGGUGCAGGUCUAUCUAAUGGAUCGUGUAGGCCCUAUUCCAAAAUUGAGAAAUGAUCCAAAUUGACUUUUAACUAUAAUAAAACUAAAAUGAUUAU